GCAGGCGGGGAACAGAGGAGGAAGAGGGGAGAUAGGGAAACAAGAGGAGCCGGCUGUCCAAAACUUAGCUCACUGCAGUAAGAGAGAGAUUAGAUGUGACUGAAAUGCAGCUGGACUGUUAGUGUGAAAUGUUAGGGUGCUAUUUUGGAGAUGCUGCCAUGAAGUAGAAAUAUUUACUGGUUCGUCACCACACACUGACGAAUACAAAUAUCAUCAUGGGCCAGCUGUUCUCAUCAGAAGAAGAGCUUUCCCAAAUGAAGGAUGCAAUUGGUUCUGUCCUCUACAAUGCCAUGUUGGAGGGCGACGCUGUACCUGACCUCGGUGUUGUCCAUCCUCGCUUCUUAGCCAAUCACAGUGAGAGCUCUGACUCCCGGGCCCGCCUCCAGGAGCAACUGCAACAGAUGGUAAGAAACAGGAAGCUGGAGUUCUAUUACCAUGAACGCUUCUGUUCACUUCUGCUCAUCCAGCUGCAGGGCGACAUUGGCAACAGGGCGCCCACCUAUCUGAAGGAUCUGAUUGGCCGACUGACGACUUUCUCGGAUGAGCCACGCCUGGCUGGCUUGGUGGGAUUAGUGGUUACUAUGGUGAUGGAUAUGGCUUACAUGUCAUCAAAACGAUCAUCGGGGGUGAAAGGGAAAUCAGCUGGAUCAUCAUCAUGCCAGCAGAGAGUCUGGGAGCUCCAGGAGGUGAUGGAGGAGUACCUGAAGCGCUGUAGGAUCAACCUGAAUGACAAGAACAAGUUGAUCCAGGACUCUGUCAGACUUGAGGCCCAGCUCAGCUUCACCCUCACUCAGCUGAAGACCUGUAUGCUGGGGGGAGACUGUGAUUCCAGGUCUCUGAGGCACUGGGCCAGUGGUGCAGCAUUUCACACCCAAAUGUUGGUUCACCUGGCUGGUCUUGAGGGUCAGGUUGAGCCUCUGGCUGCAAGGGCAGCACUGGAGCAAUACAAGGAUGACCUCACACAGAUCAUACCUGCUUACAGGCGAUAUAAGUUUAAUACAGUGUGUGUCGUGAAAUGUCGUGGGGCAUCUAAUGACCCCUCCAAUGAAGUUCCAGAGGAGGGAUCCAUGACUGGGACUCACCGUGACAGACAGAGAGACAGGAAAGAGUGUGACCCUCCCUCUGUCCACCUUGGAGACAGAGACAGAGAGAAGGAGAGCUUCUGGGCCUGAUACCACCUCUGUGUCUUCCUCCAUUAACCUGGACCUAAUCACCUCAGAUCAGUACACCGAGGCGUAUCUGGGGCAUCUGUUCUCCAAUAAGGGACCUGUGGCGGAGCUGGAGAACUACUUUAAUAAGGCUGGCGACAACCUGCAAUCGCUAAGAUCUCAACCAGGAUGUACAAACAAGACAGGGGUGAGAAGUGGGUUCGAAGAAGGCGAUAGAGGGCAUCUUAAAGACCAGGCUGAAGGAAUAAAUGGAGCGCAAAGAGUAGAUGGGGGCAAAGGUGAUAAACAGGACAAGAUGGAAAAGAGAGGAAGACAAGAAGAGACGGAGAGUCAUGCAAUCAAAGAGAUGAAAGUUUGAAACUGAGUAUUGUAGAGACGCAGCCGGAGGAAAGCCCAGAUCACAGUGCAUCAAGCAGUACAUAAAAGCAAUGACCGAACAGCAGCUGUAUUAUGUCAGUCAUGUCUUGUUUGUAAUUUAUUCAGAGAGCUAAAAGUGAUUGCUGGAUAAAUAAAGGAGAUCGGCAGGUUUACUGAUUUGUUUGCAAUGCUACAUCCUGAAAAACUGACAUCAGAUUUGGCCAAAUAUGCAACUAAAAUGACUUUGGCUUUGACAAACUUAGGAAUUUUACUAACACAUAUUAGCCUCUUUAAUAAUCUUAAAUCAGUCAACUUAGGUAAAUCUUUGUAAGAUGUAUGAAAAAUGUGUCUACCAAGCUAAAUACUCAGGUACUCAAAAUGUGUGUCACUCAUUUUCAGCUGGACACUUUCUUUGUGUAUUUGCUCAAUGCCAAAAUACAAAGUAAUAUGCACAAAAAUAAAUAAAGUACAAUUUUCAGUUUUC